AUGCUCGCCACUCUCGCCGCGCAGCAUGUCCGCCGAGCCGCCGCGCGCCGAGCACUCCACGGCCGCGGCGCAGGCAGCGCGGUGGCAACUGCGCCAGCGACGAGGCAGUCGGUAAUGGGAGCUCCUGCACCGCUCUAUGGCCGGCGUAGAGGCUUUCACAAAUAUCUCAACCCGCUGCGGUAUAUCCACAUCUUCAACCCGCUGCUGUUUGCCUUCUCCCACAUAAUGCCCAAGCUGAUCACGCCGUUCUACAAUACCUUUGGGAUUCCCGGCCUGCUCGCGCUGCCCUGGGUCACCCUCACCCUGGAGAAGGUCUCGUACGACACCCUCGCCGCCGCCCGAGGGUACGACCUCGAGGCGGAGCACGAGGCGAAGGUGGCCGCGGCGGGCGGGACCCUGCACGGAGGCUUCCCCUCGGGAGGCGCCGCGCUGCCGAACUGCUCCCUCAUCCCUGUGCGGGGCGAGCAGGACCGGCUCAUCCUCUCCUGGCUCGGCGACCGGCCGAGGGGCGAGCCACACUUCCAGAAGCCCGAGAAUGCGCUGCGGCGCGCGGACGAGCUCUACGCCGUCGGCCAGAAGGAGCCCGCGCUCGUGGCGCUCCACGACGUGCUCUCGUCGAAGCGGCACCGCACGUGGCAGCCGAUGAUGGAGGAGGUGAUGAAGCGGUUCCUCACCAUCUGCGUGGAGAUGCGCCGCGGCAAGGCCUCCAAGGACGGCCUCAUCCAGUACCGCAUCAUCUGCCAGCAGAUGAAUGUCAACUCGCUCGAGGCCGUGCUGCGGCACUUCAUGCAGCUGGCGCACGAGGGGGCCCAGGCUGCGCUCGAGCUGGCGGAGAAGACGAUCUCGGACAAGGUCGCCAACCUCCUCGACUUCGACGACCUCGAGGCGGAGGAGACGCCCGAGUCGCUCAUGCUCGCCACGAUCGGAGCCUCACAGGCCUUCGAGUUUUGCAAGACCUACAAGCGCGCCGUCGAGUUCCGCCGCCUGUGCGAGAUCCUCCGCAACCACAUCCACUCCCAGACUAAGGUGGACCCGAAGUGGAAGGACCGCGAGCCGCCGACGCCAGAGGCGCUGCAGGCGCGCUCCUCGAGGCCGCACAGCACAGCGGCCGGCGCAGUGCACCUCGAGACACGCUUCGGCCAGCUGGCGACCGCCGUCGAGAUGGAGCUGUGGCAGGAGGCGUACCGCACUGUCGAGGACGUUCACGCGCUCACGCUGCUCAUGAAGAAGCCGCCCAAGCCCUCGUCGAUGGCCUCGUAUCACGCGCAGCUCGCGCAGGUCUUCUGGGUGGCGGGCAACGGCCUCUUCCACGCCUACUCGCUCACGCGCUCGUACGCCACCGCUAAGUCGCUGAAGGCGGCGCCGUCCGAGGCGGAGCUGACGGCGCUCGCGUCGCGCGCGGUGCUGGCGGCGCUGUCGGUGCCGCCCUCGUCCCCCGUCCUCGACCUCAACUUGCUGGAGUACGACCUCGAGCACGAGAAGACAAAGCGGAUGGCGCAGAUGCUCUCCUUCCCCUCCACCGCCUCGCGCGCCACCCUCCUCGCGGAGGUGGUCGCCAGCGGGCUGCUCGAGGCCGCGGCGCCCGAGGUGCGCGAGCUGCACGCGCUCGUCGAGCGGAAGCAGGUGCCGCUCGAUCUGGCCGCCGCCGCGGCGCCCGUGCUCGCCAAGCUGGCCGCGUCGGACGCGUGCGGCCAGUACGACUUGCCGCUCCGCCGGCUGGUCGCGCUGCGGAUGCUGCAGCAGAUGGAGCGGCUCUACCUGACAAUCUCGAUCGACAAGGCGGCGGACGCGAUCACGGUGCUGCAGUGGCCGCAGAUCGAGGCGCUGCUCGUGUGGGCGGACCUCGUCUCGCUCCGCAUCGACUACAAGCUCGGGCAGCUCAACCAGCAGCGCAACAAGGCCGACGCCGCCGCCUCGUCCGAGGUGCGCGAGUCGCUCGCCGGCUUCGCCUCCGCCCUCGACGCCGUCAACCAGCACUUGCGGUCGGCGGAUCUCGAGAAGCACGCCGCCGAGACGCGGGCGCGGCUGCAAGAGGCGAUCGGCAAGAGCCUGGAAGAGGAGCACCAAAAGGUCCUCGCGCGGCGGCUGGUCAUCGAGCGGCGCAAGGAGGAGCAGGAGCGGCUCGCCAUGGAGGAGGACAAGGAGAAGAGCCGGCUCAAGGCGCAGCGCCAGCGCGCCGAGGAGGAGGAGGAGAAGGCGCGGCUGCAGGCAGACGCGGAGCGGCGCGACGCGGAGCGCGAGCACCGGACGCGCGAGGAGGCUGAGGCGGCGGAGCGGCGGAAGCUGGCCGAGCAGAUGGCGGAGCAGCGCAAGACGAUGAAGGUUGCCAAGAAGAAGGGGUGGGGCGAGGGCGGAGGCAAGGUGGAGACAGACGUGGAUAAGCUCGCCGAGAAGGACCGCAGCGAGCUGAUGCGCGAGCAAAAGAUGCUGCUGAUGGACGAGCGGCAGGAGUUCGAGAAGCGGCUCGAGUCCAUGGGCAAGCGGCACGACCACCUCGAGCGCGCGCGGCGCGAGGGGGAGCGCGACCUGCUCGAGCUGCGCUGGCAGGCGCAGCAGGCGGAGGAUAAGAAGCUGCACGAGGCGAACGCCGCGUCGCUCGCGCUGAAGAUGAAGGAGUCGCGCGCGCACGACCUGCAGCAGAAGGCGCGCUUCUCCCGCAUGGCGGCCGCCGCCGACGCCUUCACAAAGCGCGUCCUCGCCACGCGCGCCGUGGCGCACGAGGCAGUGGUCGCCGCGUGGCGCGUCGAGCAGUCCGAGCGGCGCGAGGCGGCGCGGCGGGCGCGCCGGAUCCAAGAGGCGCAGGAGGCUGCCCGCAAGAAGCAGGAGGCGGAGGAGGAGCGGAAGCGGGUGCUCGAGCGCCAAAAGGCGCGCGAGAAGGAGCUGGAGGAGAAGGAAGCCCUCGCACGGCUGGCCGCGCGCGAGCAGGCCGGCAAGUGGGCGCCCACUCACACCUCAAGAGACCAUGACUCCACGACGUGGCUUGCGACAUGGCAGGUCGGCAAGUCGUGGGCGGCGGACGACGACGACGAGGAGCUCCCCGACCUGCAGAUGGCCAAGGCGGCGCUCGGCGGCGACAAGUUCGAGGCCAAGCCGAAGCCGGAGGAGCGCGCCCCCCCCGGCGGCGACGCGCGGCCGCGGCCGUUUGAGCGGCGCGACCGCCCCCCGAACCCCGACGGCGAGGGGUGGGAGCGGCAUCCUCUGGGAGGGCGGCCCGCCGAUGGCCCGCCGUCGCGCGGCGGCGACAGGUGGACCUCCGACCCGCGCGACCGCGGCCCGCCGCGCGAAGGCCCUCCGCCGCGCCGUGAUGGCCCGCCCGGGCGCGACUUUGGGGAGAUGCGCCGUGGCGGCGACGAGCGCGGCCCGCCGCAGCGGGGCGGGUUUGGAGGAGGCGACCGCGGCCCGCCGCAGCGCGGCGGGUUCGACGAGCGCGGCCCUCCCCGCCGCGGCUUCGAGGACCGCGGCCCGCCUCGCCGCGACUUUGGCGACGACCGCGGCCCGCCUCGCCGCGACUUUGGCGACGAGCGCGGGCCGCCGCAGCGGGGCGGAUUUGGAGGAGGCGACCGCGGCCCCCCGCAGCGCGGCGGGUUCGACGAGCGCGGCCCUCCCCGCCGCGGCUUCGAGGACGGCCGCCCCGCGGGCGGCAAAGGCGACGGCCCGCCGCCUCGCCGUGGCUUCGACGACCGCGACCGGCCGCCGCCGCGCCGCGACGGUCCGCCGCCGCGCCGCGACGAGGGCAAAGGCGACCCAGAGCGCUCCUGGCGGCGCUAGAGGGGCGGCGCCACGGGUCGGUGCCAGAGGGCGGCGUCGUCCGCCUCGCCCGCUGCAUCUUGACAGCCGCCGCUUGCGUUUGCGCUGGUGUCGCCCGUUCCGCUAGCUCCCUCGGCGAGGGCCCGGCCGCGCUCCCCCGCCCCCCCGCGGGCGCUCUUUCGGGAGGGAGGGGCGCGACCUCAGAGACACAUCCCCAUCAUACACACCCACUCCCCGACCCCCUCGAGGCUCGAGCCCGUCCUUUACCUGCCGUGGGGCUGACCGAGCCGCUCGCUCUGUUGCGAUCUCCACGCUGCGCACUGGUGUCGUUGAGCAGAGUCGUUUUUCGUGCCGGGCUGGAUUGAAGAUACGGAUUUCCAAGG